AAAGCCGGGAUCUGAAGAAAUGAAGCGAAGCAAGGAGCAACGGAGCAAGUGUGUGUGUGUUGAGGCGAGGCGUCAUUGACAUUCAGAUUCACAUUCAAUCCGUACAGUUGUCGAUCCAAACACCUUUCCCCAUUAAAACCUUUUCCGUUCCCUCCCCCAAACCCAAACCCAAACCACCAACAACUAACCACUUCCAUUCCCAAUUGAAGAAAUGUCGCAACAAGAAUACGGUUACGCCAUCGAACUCUACUUGGACCCGGCGCUGGAGAACCAGGUCCUGAAAGCAUGGAACGCCCUCGCCCGCCGCCAAAUCAGCACUCACCUCAUCGACAUGGCCUUCCAAAUUCGACUCCAUCCUCGAACCCUUCGCUUCAAAGCAAGAGCCUCUUCCCCUCUCCUUCUCCUCCAUCGGCUCUCUCUCCGGCGACUCCAACCUCCUCUUUCUCUCUCCCACUCCCACGCUUUCCCUCUUGCAGCUCCACUCUCAGCUCUCCGAUGCCUUGAGGAAAGAAGGCGUUGAGGUUCCCGCUGACUAUUCCGUUGACAAUUGGAUCCCUCAUUGCUCCGUUGCCAAGCACGUUCCCAAGCCCAGAAUGGCCGAAGGAUUCUCUGUUUUGAGGGAUUUGAAGCUUCCUGUUACUGGCUAUGCUGUUGACAUUGCCCUCGUCGAGUUUUCGCCCGUUCGCGAGCUCUUCUCCUUUGUUCUUGGCACUGCUCUUGGAUCUUGAUCAAAUGAGCUAUUUUUGAAAGUGCUACUGGCAACCUUCUCUUAGAAGGGCUAUCAAAUCCAAAGGCAUGAAGGAGUGUCUUUGUAUAAGGAGUAGAGUAAAGGUAUAAAAUACAUUAGCUUUUGCAGUUGUCAAAGUAGUUGUUUAUUUGGGUUGUUUGUGUAGCAUUGCUGUAUGAUAAUUAUCAUGUCAAAAGCAGACAAUAAUUCACAUCUCUUCUUGAUUUUAUGGAGUUAAUUAUUUGGGUUGUUGUCAUAGCAUUUUUU